AUGCCACCCAAGCGCCGCAACGAAGAUAACACCAGUGGACCUCCUCCAAAACGACACCGGUCGGGAAAUGGCUCGGCUAGCAAAUUAGGAAAUUACAAUGCUUCCGUCAAACGAGGAGAUGCGAGCACCACCAAGAGCGGCAUAGCCAAAAAUGGUGACGACCUGGUCGCACAAGCCCGCACGUUUCGGGACACCGUUCAGACAUUGAAGGAGCAAGGUGUCAUUGAGUUCUCUUUCAAGUUCCGCAAGACAAAGAAUGCCAAGGGCAAGGCCAAGCAAGAAAAAGCCGCAGAGAGCAAGGUUGUGAAGGAGAAGGAGCCGAAGGGACCCUACACGGGGCCGCCGAGAGAUAUGAAUGUAUUAAGCAACCUCAAGACAGGCCAGAUGACAGCAGAGGAGCAGCAAAUCUUCCGCAAACAUCUCGACGGCCAGAUGGAAGAGUAUCAUUCUUCUGCCCUACCGAACGAAGAGAAGACGGCUGCCAAGAAAGAAGGUCAAGAUGGGGUGGAUGAGGAAAAGGCGACAAAUGUUACCCCUGAGAAUGGAGAACAAGGUGACAAUGCCACAAAACAGGCAUAA